GCGCCUGCGCCAUAGGUACCGGUAGAUCAGCUCGGAAGGUCGUAGCGCCGUUAGCUGAGAAACAUGAUGUCCAUUGCUGCCCGUUCGGGGACUCUUUCCCCGUACCUGCAAGCUACGAACUAUGCUGUGGCGGGUCCACUGAAAGCUUUGGUACCGGGCGUCGUUGUGAAAAGCGAUAAACUCUUGAUGGAUGUCAAGAAACCCUUCCUGUGCCGGGAGUCGCUUUCCGGUCAGAGCGCUAAGGGCGGGCUGUCUGUGUCUGCUAGCAUUAACGCUCCCUCUGGAGUGCGUUUUGCCCACACAGACAUCAAGAUCCCAGAUUUCUCUGACUACCGGCGACCUGAAGUUGUGGACCCAAAGAAGUCAUCGCAAGAGAGUGGAGAAGCCCGGCGGGCCUUCUCUUAUCUGAUCACAGGUUCCACUGCGGUGGUUGGAGUCUACACAGCCAAGACCGUUGUCACACAAUUUAUCUCAUCCAUGAGCGCCUCAGCUGAUGUGUUGGCUCUGUCGAAGAUUGAAGUUAAGCUAUCAGACAUCCCUGAGGGUAAGAACAUGACCUUCAAAUGGAGAGGAAAGCCCCUGUUUGUCCGACACAGAACGGAAAAGGAGAUUGCAGCUGAGGCCGAUGUUGAUCUCUCUGAGCUUCGGGACCCCCAGCAUGACAAAGAGCGCGUUCAGAACCCAUCCUGGGUUGUCGUCAUCGGUGUGUGCACCCACCUGGGCUGUGUGCCCAUUGCUAACGCUGGUGACUAUGGUGGCUAUUACUGCCCUUGCCACGGCUCUCAUUAUGAUGCAUCUGGUCGCAUUAGAAAAGGUCCUGCUCCACUCAACCUAGAGGUGCCAUACUAUGAGUUCAUGGAUGAAGAUACACUGCUUGUAGGAUAAAUGAAAACUGUAUUCUGCUAAUACCUAUGAUCAACAUUGAAUCUGUUCUGUUGUUGUUUGAUUUAUCCAUCUUGCUUCAGACACAAAUUAACUACAUUGACUUGGUUGGUGACAAUGGUUAAUUGUAAGUAAUAAAUGUGUAUUUUAUCUGAUAGAAAGCCUCAGGUAGUGUUAUUUAUUCGGUCUCAAUAUACUCAACCUGCCUAUUUUAUAGCAUGUUUAUUUUUUUGCAAUUCAUUUAAGAAAAAAGAUCUCAACUUGUUUUAUAAUUUAAGUGUUGCUAUGAGAUGAUAAAUGCGUAGAAGGUGAACAUUUUAGAUGUCAGAAAGUUACGUUAAGUGAUGCUUGCAGGGUGUUUUCUGUUGUCGAUGAAAACAAAGGUUUGUUAACUCCAACAAUAAAAUAUGAAAAGUGUUGAUUGGUAAUGCACUGUGAAAUUACCUUCUUUCACAGGCAAAUUAUAAUUAUGGCUUAGUUUCAGUGGUGGCAAAUAAAGUACAACAAAUGAUCGAUGUGAAA